CUGAUAUCGAUCAAAGAGGGUUAAUUACAUGUCUCGAAACUACAAAAAACAAUCGCAGUCAACACCUCCAGCAAAUACUGCACAGUUGACGAUGUCCAAUCCAUUUCUUAGUUACAUUUAAAUACGCAUAGAAUGGAUUAGGUAAUCAAUUCCCGGCCGGCCGUGAAGUGUGGUGAUGGGUGGUGUUUGGUUAGGUAGUCUUUUGGGGAUUUAUCUGGUAUUGUGCAGCUGCAUGGGCGCAGGAUGGCUCCGGCGAGGAAGAAGGUGGUUAUUGAGGGGUCUGUGAGUUGCGUGUAUUGCGUGAUGGAGGGGGGGCCCGGAUCAGUCAUCAAAACCGACCUUCUUCCUGGUGCGGUGGUGAAACUGCAAUGCAACAACUCGAGGAAGGGCAGUUGGGAGGAGCAGACGAAGACGGGCGGCAAGGGCGAUUUCUCCUUCACGCCGGUGAAGGUGAGCAGUCGGGGGGCCCACAAGUGCCGGGUCUUCUUAGUCUCCUCUCCCAGAGGUGUCUGCCCACUCAUCAUCUCCGACGGUGCUGUCUUGAAACCAGCCCCACCAAACGCCACCUCCCCCUUUCAGCUCUUCACUCUUCAACCUCUCUAUUUCUAUCCCGCUCCCUACACUUGCCUAUGAAUUCAAUCAUCUCUUUCUUUUUUUAUUUUUACUUGUUUUUCAACAUUUUCAAUAAAGUAUAGCUAAUUCGUCUCUGUUUGUUCAAAUAUGCUGAACCGACUGCAAUGAAGGAAGUAGAUGAUGUGAUCAACGAAUUAUUCUCCUAUAUAUAUUCUCUUUUCUAUUUUCCGAGUUUGGAAGAGGAUAA